AUGAUUGGCUCACUUCUCAGCUUGAAGGUACUUAUAUUGCGGUAUAAUAGAUUUCACAGACUUGUUGGGGAACUGGCUAAUAGAUUUCACGAACUUAUAGGGGAACCGGCUGAUAGGGUUGAGUUCCCUACAUUGCAAAUCAUCGACCUGUACCAAAAUAAUUUUUCCGGUAGCUUGCCAUCCGGAUACUUCAAGCAUUGGACUGCCAUGAAAGCUUCCGAGACAAAUUCGUUAAGCUACAUUGGGGAUGCUAUUAAGCGGGCUUGGAUUUUCUCUUCAGACGCAACCUUUGAUUACUCCAUGAGAGUAAUUGCCAAAGGCAUCCAAAUGAAUUACUCAAAGAUGCAAGGGUACCUCACAUUGAUUGAUCUCUCGAGCAACAACUUCAGCGGAGCGAUCCCUGAGAGCAUUGGGAGCCUAAAGCAAAUAGAAUUGCUCAACCUUUCCAACAACAUUCUCUCCAGACCUCUGCCUCCAUUCUUGGCAAAGCUAACCAAUUUGGAAGCAUUGGACCUUUCUCAAAACCAUCCCUCAGGAGAGAUCCCUCAGGAGUUGACGCAACUCACUUUGCUUGCGGUCUUCAAUGUAUCUUAUAACCGUUUGACCGGGCCGAUACCGCAGUCACAACAGUUUGCUACAUUCGAAAACAACUCCUACAAGGGAAACUUGGGGUUACGUGGCACUCCUCUAUCUAGAAAAUGCGGAGGUAUCAAAAUGCCGCCAUCGUCUCCUCCAUCCAAAGAAGAUCAAGAUUCGGGAAGCGCAAUGGGAUUAGACUGGAAGAUCGUGUGCAUGGGGUAUGCAAGUGGGUUAGUGAUUGGAGUGGUCCUCGGGAACAGCUUGAUCACAAGAAGAAGGGCUCAGAGCCUUGUGAAGAAUUUUCGUAAAAGAAAACAAAGGCGAAGAAGGUAG